AUGAUCGAAAUUAGAUAUUCUUUCUGUCUCUUCACCGAGCAUGUCUUUCAUAUUUGUUUCGUAGGUCUUGUUAUCUGCGAACGUCGUCCAUUAUCGAGCAAAAUCUUGAAUCAUAAAUCGGUGACCACGAUCGCUCGUAAGAUCAAUUCGUCGAGAGUGCACGAUCGUAGUCGCCUUGGGGGUGGUGCAGACGUUUCUGAGGAACCUGGACCUGCACCUGAACUCGCAUCUGGACCUGAGCCUAAACCUGAAACAAAACCUGAAGAUGUUUCGCCGAAACUUGACAUCGAAGUAUCAAGUCCACCAUCCCCAUCACCGCCACCGACACCACCACCAUCACCACCAUCACCACCCUCGAAUUCACUGUCCAUACCUAUAGAAGACACCGCGGAAACAAAAGUUGAAGCCCAAAAUUCUGAAAACAAGCGGCCUCUCACUGCGAGUGGUCCCUGCUGCAUCUGCAUCUUACAGAAACCGGGAUUAGUCGGGGACAGGAAGGUAGAUGAAAUAAUCGAAUACGUGCAUCAGAACCUCGAGGAGGCCGUCAAAGCUCUAGCAACUUUGGGCGAGAACUUCGAACACGAUUUAAAGGUUGAGCCCCACAUUCAAGUAGAAUGUCGUAAAAGUGUUUCGACGUCUCGAGGGCGAAAGAGGCGAGGGUACAAUUGAUCACCCGAUACAAUUGAUAUUUUUGUAUUUUACGACGAACUCGUUGAAAACACGUAUACAUCAGUUUCGGCAAAUCGAAUAGCAAAUCUCCUUUCUCACCUGCAAAACUGAAUCAGAAGGGAGCUCAGUUCAUUUUCUCCAUUUUAUUUCUUUCCCAUACAAGCUGGUGUUCGUCGACAUCCUCGGCCGAAUCCAACAAUGGAGCGGUAUCGUGCAGAACAAAAUCGGCUCCUGUAAAAACGAGGUGAACAAGUUGAGCAAGGAAUUAUUGGCUCGAGCGUGCGAAGUGGCAGAUCUCAAGGCUCAAAUAGCAGAUUAUCAGAAUGUAAGAGAUGCCUUGUGCCUAAGGCUGUGUUGAUAAAUCAAAGAGUAGAUUACAAGCUGUUACCGAUUUUUACAAUCACGAUAGAGACGAUCGCCGAGAACAAGUAAUCAAUCGAGAAGAAUUGAUAAACGGCGAAUGAACGAUCAAUUGGAGAUACCUGAGCAACGUGACCCUGCAACACCACUCAAGGAAGGUGAGAAUGAUAAGGUAUAUGACGAUACCGUAGAACUAGAUGAAGAAGAAAAUACAGAAGAGAAAAAAACAAUGGAGUGGAGGGAGGAUGAAGAGG